CUUAGAUCUCUAUUGCUGCAUAUCUUCUUCUUGACAUUCUUAUUUCUGUGGAACUAUGAAGACUUCUAUAACCAUUAAUUCUUUCCUCUUGCCUGUCGUCUCAACAGUGAUCAUGACUCUAUCAAGGGGUUUCCAAGUUAGACUAAAAGUUUCAGUCUCAGCUAUCCUCAUAUCCUCCCUCAUAUGCCUACCUUCCCGGUCAGGCUCACUGGCAGUGGGAAUGAUGCCCUCAAACACCAAUAGUGAUCAGAAUGCACUCCAGGGAAGGAAAAUGGUGCUAGGAUCAAGGCCACCAGGUUGUGUGAACAAAUGCAUGAGUUGUCAACCUUGUAAGGCUACUUUAGUUAUUCCACCCCACCAAGAUGAGGGUUCAAGGAAACUAGCUCAUAGAGAAGAUGAUAGCUAUUAUCUUCUUUCAUGGAAAUGCAGAUGUGGAGAUAAGCUCUUUCAACCUUGA